GACCGUAUAAAUGCUAUGAUUGCCCGCGAAUCCGUUAGACUCAUAAUCAAUAUAAAUGAUUUGCGCCGUGAAAACCCGAACAGGGCCAAGAGUCUUCUUGUGAAUUCUUUUUCUGAGGUAUUAUCUUGCCAGAGGGCCUUGAAAAAAUGUAUACAAAACAUUAAUCCUGAAUACGCCCAGCGUUUUCACGACUUCUUUGUCGGGUUUGAAGGCAGUUUUGGUGCAAAGCAUGUCACUCCCAGAUCUCUCACUUCGAAACUUCUCGGCAACAUGGUCUGUGUAGAGGGGAUAGUCACCAAAUGUUCUCUCGUUAGGCCUAAAGUUGUCCGCAGUGUUCACUAUUGUCCAGCAACUAAAAAAACGAUAGAGCGUCGCUAUGCUGAUAUUACGAGUUUAGAAUCAUACCCCUCUUCUGGGGUGUAUCCCACGACCGACGAGGGUGGAAACCUGCUAGAAACGGAGUAUGGCCACUGUAUCUUUAAGGACCACCAGUCGCUUACUGUCCAAGAAAUGCCAGAGACAGCGCCUGCUGGUCAAUUACCCAGGUCUGUAGAUAUUGUUUGCGAUGACGACCUAGUCGACGUCUGCAAGCCUGGUGACCGGGUUCAAGUUGUUGGCCAAUUUCGUUGCCUACCGGGCAAGAAAAAUGGAUAUACAACUGCCAGCUUUAGAACUGUAUUGAUUUCUAAUAAUAUACAACUCCUUGCCAAGGAUUCUGGCCCGAGUUUUUCCGAGAAAGACAUAAGCAUGAUGAGAUUACUCUCUAAACGGCACGACAUUGUAAAUUUGCUUGUCCGCUCUCUGGCGCCAACGAUUCACGGUCAUGAACAUAUUAAAGAAGCGAUCUUAUAUCUCCUCUUGGGGGGUGUUGAACGUCACCUCCUUAAUGGAAGUAGAAUUCGUGGAGACAUAAAUUUGCUUCUUCUCGGUGAUCCGUCCGUGGCCAAGUCUCAGUUCCUUCGUUUUGUUCUUCAUGCCGCUCAACGAGCUAUUGCCACAACUGGACGAGGAUCGUCCGGUGUCGGUUUGACCGCUGCAGUCACCACAGACGCUGGCACUGGUGAGCGAAGUCUCGAGGCUGGCGCCAUGGUCCUGGCUGACCGAGGAAUUGUUUGCAUCGAUGAGUUUGACAAGAUGUCGGACAUUGAUAGAACUGCAAUACAUGAGGUCAUGGAACAAGGUCGUGUUACCAUUUCUAAGGCUGGAAUUCAGGCAAAGCUUAACGCAAGAUGUUCAGUUCUCGCAGCCGCAAAUCCUGUUUACGGUCGCUAUGAUCCAUACAAAGCUCCCAUGGAUAAUAUCGGCUUGCAAUAUCCAUUUUUCACUGGGCAAGAAUGUGUAUAG